ACCGCCUUCUUUUCCUUCCCCACCCCCCCACCCCACCCUGCCAUCCUUUCUCCCCCCAUCUCCGCCUCUGAUUGGCUGAGCCCCCGGCUCCCCGCUCCCCCUCUCCUCCAUCCCCGGUGAAAACUGCGGGCUCCGAGCUGGGUGCAGCAACCGGAGGCGGCGGCGCGUCUGGAGGAGGCUGUGGCAGCGGAAGACCCCAGUCCAGAUCCAGGACUGAGCUCCCAGAACCAUGAACCCGGCCAUCAGCAUCGCUCUCCUGCUAACAGUCUUGCAGGUCUCCCGAGGGCAGAAGGUGACCAGCCUAACGGCCUGCCUAGUGGACCAGAGCCUUCGUCUGGACUGCCGCCAUGAGAAUACCACCAGCUCACCCAUCCAGUACGAGUUCAGCCUGACCCGUGAGACAAAGAAGCACGUGCUCUUUGGCACCGUGGGGGUGCCUGAGCACACAUACCGCUCCCGAACCAACUUCACCAGCAAAUACAACAUGAAGGUCCUCUACUUAUCCGCCUUCACCAGCAAGGAUGAGGGGACCUACACGUGUGCACUCCACCACUCUGGCCAUUCCCCGCCCAUCUCCUCCCAGAACGUCACUGUGCUCAGAGACAAACUGGUCAAGUGUGAGGGCAUCAGCCUGCUGGCUCAGAACACCUCGUGGCUGCUUCUGCUCCUGCUCUCCCUCUCCCUUCUCCAGGCCACGGAUUUCAUGUCCCUGUGACUGGUGAGGCCCAUGGAGGAGACAGGAAGCCUCAAAUUCCAGUGCAGAGAUCCUACUUCUCUGAAUUGGCUGACCCCCUCUCCACAGUCCCUCACACCUCGAGGAGAAGUGGGGACCCCAUCCCUCAUCAGGAGUCCCAGUGCUGCAUGCGAUUAUCUACCCACAUCCCCGCGGCACCUCACCCUCUCCGCACACCUCUGGCUGUCUUUUUGUACUCUUUGUUCCAGAGCUGCUUCUGUCUGGUUUAUUUAGGGUUUAUCCUUCCUUUUCUUUGAGAGUUCGUGAAGAGGGAAGCCAGGAUUGGGGACCUGAUAGAGAGUGAGAGCAUGUGAGGGGUAGUGGGAUGGUGGGGUACCAGCCACUGGAGGGGUCAUCCUUGCCCAUUGGGACCAGAGACCUGGGAGAGACUUGGAUGAGGAGUGGUUGGGCUGUGCCUGAACCUAGCAUGGACACAGUCUGUCCUGAGAGCACUCCUCGGCAGGCAUGGCUGGUGCCUGAAGACCCCAGAUGUGAGGGCACCACCAAGAAUUUGUGGUCUACCUUGUGAGGGAGAGAACUGAGCAUCUCUAGCAUUCUCAGCCACAACCAAAAAUAAAAAUAAAAACAGCCCUCCUUA